AUGGGUUGCAGCCUAAGUUCUCCGAAUAAGCCUAAGACUGUGAGAGAAACAGCUGGUGGUGGUCAAGAAGAUGACAGUACAGAAAAUGAAGAGAGUCUUAAACAGGAUAAUGUGUCAAAUGUGAAAGUGGAGGAAGAGCUAUCAACUGCCAGUAGUAUCAGUCUUAGCAAUGUGCCAGCAGAUGUUGAACUUGAUACAGAAAGUAGUGAAGAUGACGAACCUGAUUUUGUAAGUUGUGGGGUGGGGUAUUGUAGGGUGGGUAGAAUACGGUAGAGAAAUGCAAGACGUUGUAGAAUAGGGUAAGAUAAGGUAGAGUAAUGUCGGGUAGGGUGGCGUAGGGUAGGGUAAGGAAGGCGGCGACAUAACCCGCCAUACUUUGCCUGUAAGUAUCAGUAAAAAAUGGCGGGUUUUUUAUGUCAUCUCCUAAUAAAAAGGCAGGGCACGGUAGAGCAAGACAGUGUAGGCAGGGACGGGUGUGGUCUUCUGGUCUGCAGGUGGGGCUCGAAAAAAUCCACAGGGGGGACCACGUUCAUCAAUUUUUUUUUGAAAUUUUUUUUGUGGGGGGGGUUCCCUUACUUAACGCCCGGCCUUAAGUGUAAGAUAAAGCAAAGUAAGGAAAGUAUAGUAGAGUAGAAUAGCACAAUGCCUGAAAGAGAAAGUUAAUUAAUAUAAUAUUUUCAGCUCGACACCAUUGACAUUUCGAAUGCCAAUCGAAUCGAUAUUGAACUACACGGCAACUCAACCGAAAUGGAAAUGACUGUGUUUCAAAAAGGUACUAAUGAAAUGAUAUUCGAACUUGGUGACGAAUACGAUGUUAUCAUAGACAGACUGACACAAUGUCUUAAGAAAAAACGUAUAUUUAACCUUAACGUUUACUUGUACAAUCAGUGUGUUUAA